UUCCCGCACCCUUCAGACAAAACCCAGGACAUAUUGGCUCCUUUAAGACAAAAGACUGGGCCGACUUAAUUUGGUGGUGCGUUCACGGCGAUCACGCUCCUCAAACACCCAGGCUCUCACUCAAUGUAUGCCACCGUGGACUUGUGUUGAUACCUUCUUGAACCCCAAAUCCCCGGACCUCUGUUAUACGUGAUCAUGAAUUGCGAACCUGCGGCACCGGGUCAAAGUUGGCACCACGGAGCUGUUAGCGGUGCUUCGAACUACGUGUGACCGCAGCGGAGAGGCUUUACCCCGGGCGCUGUCGCUAAGGGUUGUUUGUUGGUGAAAUGGACUCCAUCAUGAGUGCAGUAACGCCACGGUCCCCUGCUCCCACCAAGAAGCAGUCUGAGCUGGACUUCCGGUCUGGAGCUUCUCUGGAGCAGCUCUCUGCUCAGGUGUCUGAGUUGGUGCAGCUGGAGCAGGGAGAGUUCAGAGACCAGACUGCUUUGGAGGUCCACACAGCCAAGGACUUCAUAUUUAACAUGCUAGGUCUAGUUCAGAAGGUGGACCAGCGCCUCCCAGUGGCCAACGAGUACUUGCUGCUGUCAGGUGGAGCACGUGAAGGUGUGCUAGACCUGAACCCUGAGGACCUGGGUGACUACGUCAAAGGUGCUGACUUUGACCUAGACUUCACGCUGCUGGUUCCCGCGCUCAAACUUCACGAUCGUAACCAGCCGGUGACCCUUGACAUGAGACACUCGCCACCCUGUCACUCCUGGCUCAGUCUGCGCCUCUGUGACUCGAAUAUCUUGUCUCGCUGGAGCAUCUGCUGCCAGGAGGAGAAUGGUCUUCCUUCAGGGGGGGUGGAGGAGGACGAGGACCAGGGGGAUGCUGGGAAAGGCUCUAUUCCAUCACUGGACUCGCCCCAGUCCCUGGAUGGUUGCUACUUUUCCCCCUCCCUGGUUGUCGACUGGUUCUGGAAUGUGGUGAGCGAGGCGGUAGAAGAGCUGCGGCGAAGCCAACAGCGAGGAAUCCCCACCCCUGAACGACUGGAGCGUAACGGUCCCCUCACUACAAUCAUCCUUCAGGCCGGAUCCAGUCGAGUUUUGUACGACCUUCUGCCAGUGGUGUCAUUCAGAGGGUGGCCUGCGGUGGCCCAAGGCUGGCUCACUGCCAAUCACUUUUGGGAUGGAAAGAUCACAGAGGAGGAGGCCAUCUCAGGCUUCUACCUGCUGCCCUGCUGCUCACCACUGGGGGGCCGACCGGACCGAGAGUGGAGGCUGGCCUUCUCACGCAGUGAGGUCCAGCUCAAGAAGUGUAUUCCAUUCCCAAUGGCUCAAGCCUUCCAAGCAGCUCGGGCGGUCUUGUCUCGCAUCCUAACUCGCCCUCGUACUGGUCUCACUCUUUACCAUUUACGCACUCUUCUCUUCUGGGCCUGUGAUCGACUGCCAGCCGCCUACCUGUCCUGCCCCGACACUGACACCGCCGGACGCCUGCUGCUGGGUCUUUUGGAUGACCUGGCUCACUGUAUCCUGAGUAAAAACUGCCCCAACUACUUCCUGCCGCAGUGCAACAUGCUGGAGCACCUAACAGACAGCCAGGCCUUGCUAGUGGCCAGAAAGCUGGCACAUGUCCGCUCAGAUCCCAGUGAGCACCUGCGGGCGGCGCUAGACCAGGCGCAGCAGGCGGGCCAGCUCAAGAAGGACCUGGGUGCCGCCACCAAUGGCCACGGCUCGCCGGGGCACCAGCAGAGCAACGGCAUCAUCUCGCCCUCCGAGGACAAGCUUGCGCAACGACUGCAGCAGCUUGUGACCGAGAACCCCGGGAAGUCCAUCUCAGUGUUUCUGAACCCCGACGACGUCACACGACCUCACUUCCGCAUCGAUGACAAAUUCUACUGACACUCCAGUGUUCACACAACCUGAAUGUGCUGCCAGUUGACAGUGACUUUGCAGCAAAAAAGAAAAAAAAUCACUGCUUGACUACUAAUAACCAAAACUACUGAUGGCGGCCCCGAGCUGUUACUACGGAGGCAGCAACUCCAGUGCUUCAGAGCCGACCUCCAGAAGAGGGCUGACUCGGUGUGUGUUUGUGUGUCUUAACUCUCAGGUAUGAUUCAUAUCUUAAUUGAUUCACCUUAACAUUUGUUUGUUUUUGCACCAAAGAUCAGUAGAAGGUGACAUAUUUAAGGUCUGUAGAUUUCAGGAUGUAAGAUUUAUGAACGAAUGGAUUCAAUAAGAGAGAAUAUAUCCCUUUGAUUAACGAACAAUUCUGUAUGUAUAGAACGUUUCUGAAACACUCUUCUAUGGACUUAUUCCGUUUUGGGGUCAGUGCUUUACAUAAACUAGGAAGAAAAUUUGUUUUUAGCUUUUUUCUUCCGAUUUUAGGAAUUUCAGUUCCUACCAGUGACGACUACUAAACAACGGUACACCGUCUGACGGAAGUCUGUAAAAGCUGCACAGUGUGAGAGAAUAUUUGAUGCUGUAGGGUAGACUUUUUAUUAGAUUGAGGGUGGUUUGAUGUCGGAGGAUGUUAAAGAGGAAAAACAUUUUUUCCCAUUGUCAAGCAAGACAGUUUGAAGAUUCAGUUUUUCCUUUUGUAUGAGAAGUAUUUAUCAUUAAGAGUGUGCACAUGUGGACAAGUGUGGAACUAAUCUCCUGCUGUGGCUGGUGUUGGAUUUAACUCUAUAGCCAGUGAACGUUACUGAAAAGAAAGCACUACAUUUAUACUUUGAAGGCUUUCCAAGCUUGACUUUGAUGAGACUGAUGUCUGCUGUUGAAGGUCUUGACAGCGUCUGUGUUUUUAUGCUCACUCGUUUCAAAACCGUGUGAUCAGUGGUGUGUGACAGAAUGUUGACUGAUAAAAGACUGUUCUCCUCAAGAGGUGUUGUUUUUUUGGCCAUGAAGCACAAGGAUUUCUAUCACUGUUAUCAAAUAUGUGUUGCAUAUCGAGUUAGGGAAACGUUUACUUGCCUUGGGGUGAUCAAAGUUUCUCUUAUGUUACACAGAACAAAUGUACAUUGUAAUUUCAAGGAUGAUUUGCAUGCAACAGAAUCUUAAACUCAGACAUGAAUGUAUCAUAAAGAAUCAAAAACAGGAUUUUUAAGUCAUUUUACAUGUAUAAUCUUUUUUUCUCCUGAUUUACUCGAGAUACUUGGUGAUUCAACUUGGAGCUUUAGCAUGAAAAAAAAAAAAGAUUUUUAAGUGACUUGGGUCAGUCAUUUUGAGCAGCAUAAUA